AUGGAAGACGCACGAAGGGCAACAGUGGAGGACGAGGACCUAGAUGACCUUGAUGACGUCCUCGAGCAAUUCACCGCUCCCCCAAGGCCCCCACCCCCUUCGGCGACGUCGCCCCCGGCCGCGCAGCCGUCCUCAUCCUCGUCCGCGCCAACAGCAAGCGCGUCAGUGGCUCCGCCCGCGGGCGCGCUCGAUGGGCUCGACGACGACUUUGCGCGCGAGCUCACGAAGGGCAUGGAGGAGCUCUUCAAGGACGUCGCGUCCGGCGCCGGGCUCGGCGGCGUCCCUGCUGCCGGCGACGGGGACGCAGAGCGCGAGCGGGCGUUCAAGGCUGCAUGGGAGGCUAUGUUGGUCGAGAGCAUGAACGGCUCGCUUGACCCUGAGGACCUGCGGGGAGGCGCGGGGACAGCAUCGACAAGCACGGCGGGCGCGGGGUCGGGGAGCACGGAGUCGUUCCAGGACAACAUCCGAAAGGCGAUGGAGAAGAUGAAGGAGAGCGACCGGAAGGCGGACGAGGCUGCGUCCCAGGGCGGCGACGGCGGCUUGGAGGAUUUGUUCGCGCGCUUAGGCGGAGACCUCGGCGGAGAGGAGUCGGAAGAAGACCUGAAGGGCAUGCUGGAGCAGAUGAUGUCGCAGCUGAUGAGCAAGGAGAUUUUGUACGAGCCUCUAAAAGAACUACACGACAAGUUCCCUGGUUACAUCAAGGAGCACGAGUCGACGAUGAGCGCAGAAGACAAGACACGGUACGAGUCGCAGUAUAAAGUGGUCGGGCAGAUUGUCGGGACGUUCGAAGAUGCGAGCUAUUCGGACGAAGAUGCAGAGAAGGGGCUCAAGAUUGUCGAGUUGAUGCAGGAGAUGCAGGAGUUUGGCUCUCCACCGUCGGAGAUCAUGGGCCCGUUGCCACCCGGCUUCGAUCUCGGCGCGGAUGGCCUACCAAGGGUGCCAGACGGGUGUACGAUUGGAUGA